ACCAUCCACUUCUAUCUGAGGGAAAUGGCUGGAGAGGAGCAAAGACGCAGAUGGAGUCUUCAAGGCAAGACCGCACUUGUCACUGGUGGAACCAAAGGCAUCGGGCAUGCUAUAGUAGAGGAACUUGCAGGAUUUGGGGCAAUAAUACAUACAUGUGCUCGAGACGAAUCUCAACUCAACGAGUGUUUAAGUGAAUGGAAAAAGAAAGGGUUUCAAGUGACUGGUUCAGUCUGUGACGCAUCAUCCUGGACCGAAAGAGAGAAGCUUAUGCAAACCGUGUCCUCAUUGUUUGAUGCCAAGCUUAGUAUACUUAUUAACAAUGUUGGUGCAAUCCGGUCAAAGCCAACAAUGGAACAUACAGCAGAGGAUUUCUCGUUCCACAUUUCGACCAAUUUGGAAUCUGCGUACCAUUUUAGCCAGCUUGCACAUCCUCUGCUCAAGGCUUCAGGAUUUGGGAACAUCGGGUUCAUAUCCUCUGUUGCUGGAGUCGUGUCUCUUAAUGUCGGCUCAGUCUACUCUGCCACAAAAGGUACCGAACUACUGAUAUUUCACUCAAGAAGAAACCAAAACCACUUCUCUAUGUGUAGUUGGAAGAGCUCAUAUAGUAGAGCAUAGUAGUAAACAACGUGGACAGUAUACUCUUCUUUAUAAUUCGGUUUUAUACAUGUAUUAGUUGAUUGGUAUAGUUCUAGAGCAUAGUAGUAACUAGUAAGUGAUCUAAGUGAUUUAAACCAUUGAUUAUACAUAUGCAUUAUCUAUAUAUCAUA